UGUCAAACUAGACAAAAACAGUGAGGCGAAAUAAAUAAAAAAUAAAACACAACUCAAUAAAUUUUGCCAGGUUUCAUUCUUCAAUUAGUUUAGUGGAUUGAACGGCUCCAUUUUUAUACUAACAGAAGCAUAUAAUGCCAAAUUAAUUCGGCCAUCAUACAAUGGAAUCGAUGCAGCUUGACCAGAUUGAUGUGAAGCCUCAGUUACUGACAGGAAGCAACGAAAACUCCUCGUCGGAAUCCGAAUCCCAAAAAGUAACCGAGCUGGAGAUCCUGCCUGUCAUCUACGAAAUUAUCAGAAGUAUCGAGAAGGAUCCUGUGGACAACGCUACCAAGCAAAAAGAAAGUCAGGAUUGCAGUCAAAAGGUUCUGGAAUUGCAGAAAAGACUAGAAUCAGCUAGGAUAACCAUUAGACAAUUGCCAGGAAUUGAGUACAGCAAGGAGGAGCAGCUGAGAAGACUUGAAAGCCUUCGCAAGCAACUAGCGCUGAAACAACAACUUAUAAAAAAAUAUAAGAACGUCCAAUUCUAAUCAUGAUUCGCAUGAUUCUUCGGUAUUUGGCCAAUAAUGAACAACUUGUUCAGCGUCUUGCAGAGAGCUACCCCAUGCGCAGAGCAGCCCAAUUACUUGUAAGUGAUUUUUACAAAGGUCG